AUGAAACGUCAUGAAGGUGCCGACAGACGUUCAGCUAUGAUAUAUCUUAUCUUUCAAUGUUUGAAUUUUGUUGUAGAUUACGUUCAAUAUUGGACAAAUACCGUUCAUUGUUAUGGAGAUAUAUCAAGAAAUGAAGAUAAUCUUCUAAACCCACCAAUCAUUCCAGUUGCCACACACAUCGACAGCAUACAGCACAGCAAUGCAGAAGAUUAUAUUGAUGAGUACCAAGAAGCAUUACUUAAAUCAUUGGGAUCAGACAGACGGAAGGAUCAUUUCAGAAACUUGUUUGCUAUAUCGAACACACAAUCAUCUGAAGCCGAAAUUGAAAAAUUACGUCAAUAUAUAUUCGCAAUUGCAAAGCAACAGGAACACUGGGGCGUAAAGGUGCCAGUAAAAUGGAUACCUUUCGGGAAUAAAAUAGAGGAUUUGCGAUUAGAGGGGAAAACAGUGGUGGCUUUCAAUGACCUUUGGGGAAUUAAUAAAUCUCUUCCGUCUCCUCUAUCAACUAAGAAGGAACUCAUGUCAUUCUUGGUAUUACAUCAUGAUAUUGGAAAUAUUAUAUUUUUUGAAGAUAUAGGUGAAAGUGUGAUAAUAUGUCCACAGUGGUUUGCUAAUGCAUUGCGUUGUAUUGUUGGCGCAAAAUGCUUCAAAGCACCAAGAUUGCAUAUUGAUUGGGAACAGUACGAAAACACUGGCUUCUUACAAAAAAAGUUGAUAGAACAUUUAUUCAAAGAAACAGAGUCUUCUCUGUCUGAGUUCAAAGAACAUAUCUUUAACGUUAUGGAGAAAUAUGACAUUUUAGUGUGUGCAGAUAUUUUGGACCAGGAAUAUGACAUGUAUAACAAUGAUUUUAACUAUCUCGUUCCGUGCAUGGUUCGUACCUCUGGAUGGCAAAUAAUAAGUAACAAAUUUGUUAAUUUUACAAAGUCGGCAAUCAUUUGCUUUGAAUAUGAUUUUCUCCCGUCGAUGUUUUUUUGUCAUGUGGUAGUAUAUUUCCUUCGCCGGUUCAAACUUACUAAUAAUUCCGAAAAUCCAUCUGGCUAUGUUGGUGAACUAUACAGAGAUGUGGCACUAUUUGAUAUUGACGAUACAGGAUGCGAAAAAGUACUUCUUUGUUCUCACAAAAACAGCAUUCAAGCUCAAAUAUGGAUAUGGGGAAUUGGAAUGGAAAAUACUGGAAGGAUGAUUCGAGGCCUCCUUGAGGAUGAUAUGUUUGUUAUUCAAAGGAAAUAUGAUGUAAUGAAAGCGGUAGAAAUAAAGAUAAAAUGUCCAGAAAGCACCUUGAUCAGUAACAAAGGAGGAAUAAACCUAGAAAGUCUUAGACCAGUUAGAGAAUAUUGGUGUAAAGAACAUAACAUUAUACACGAGUGUAUGUUAUUCAAGCAAUAUUGGAUGCUGAAUGUGAUAAUGGAUGACACCGUUUCAGAAGAAGAACAGAAUUUCAUACGUGUCAGCAAGGCAUCAGUGGAAGUGCUGACAGACAUACUAUAUGAUCUUGCUAAUGCAAGCGCAUGUCCAAUCACCAAACCCAGAAAUGAAUGUGACAUAACUUAUCUGUAUGCCGAAUUACGACGUCAAGGAUUAUGUCUUCCGUCACGUGGAAGAUGGGGUGGAGAUAAUUGGCCAUGUGAGCGAGCUGCUAUAAAUGUUGGAGAUGAUAUUGAAAGAAUACGGCUGAACAGAAAUAGGCUUCAACACACAUCGCACUUCGAAAUGUCGAUCUUCGAAUUCACCGACAGAUGGAAAAAGUUGAAUGCCCUUGCGAAAAGGUUCGACGCUCGACUGACACCUGCAAUGUUUUACGAGGAUAGGCUCAUCCGGCUCAACCACUACCUGGGACGAAAACGAGAUUUUCAAAAUUUCCAAAUAAAAGAAUCUAAAGUGAAAGUUCUAAAACCAUCCAGGCGAUGUUCUCAAAAUACUGUUUAAGCCUACAAGGUAAG